UUGAGAUGGGGCAGAAUUUGGUGUGACUGAUCAAGCCUUAUAUUCUGGAGUGGCAGAGUUUGACACAGUUCGUGCAUGUAUAGAUCUAUACAUCUGUCCUAGGGUAGCUUUCUUCUUCUUUCUCUCGACUGAUGCAGCUUCGUUUCUUUUGCACACGGCGAAGUUCGAGAUAACACAUUAACAAUAAUCAAUAAUAAACCAGAUUGUUGAACCAGUCAUUCAUUGACAGUUGUUUAUAGUAAACAAAGGAACAAAAUGAAGACACAAUGUCCAGAUGCAUGAAUUGGAGAUUUAGUAACAAAAGAAAAAGAACCUCAUAUGCUGAACAUAAAACUUAAUGGUUUUUAUAUGCUCUCAAAACAUCAAAUCUUGCGAAACCAGAGUCCUAUCAAUGGUCUUUUUCCUUCUAUUGGAUCUGACAAGAAUACAAAUAGAAUAGCUCAUGUUCAGGAUUCUAUUUACUGUGCAGUUGCUGUUUGGUCACUGGCUCAAGUUUAUAAUCAGAUUUUCAUCAGAAUAGAUAGCAAUCCUUUGUUAGUCAAUGUCUCACUAAAGAUUGAUGAUGACCAGGGCAGUAUCAUUAGUUGGGCCAAGCUGAUGAUAGGUAUGUUGCAAUGUUGGAUAUUCAAGUUGGCCUCCUUCAGUCUUAGAGCGACUAUGGUUCAUCUCAAACACUUUUCCAUGUGCAAUGUUGGAUAUGACAGGCAGAUAAAGUGA